CCCGCCGAUAAGAGCUCAACUUGUGUCAUCCGCCCAUCCAUGCUCCACUCCCGUUCGUGACUCUCUCUUCCCAUCAAUGCUUGCUCUUCCGCAGUUCCUCUUCGUUUCAGUCUCUUCCAGCCCCUUUUCUUCUUCUCGCUCCUUUUCUUCUGGUUUCUCUGCCGUAUUUAUCACCAACCUCGAAUCAAGCAUGCGAAGCCACUGAACAACUCCAUCAAGCCCGACCGACCCUCGCCCAAUUCCUUCUUCUCCUGCUGCUUGUCGCGCAGCCAUCUCUCCGAAUCGCCCGUCAUGCCGACCUCAGCGUCGCCCUCUGACCAGCAGCGCUUCAUCUACCCGACGCCCCCUACUGCUCUCGACGAGGACGACCGCUCUUCCUUUCUCGCCAGCGACGAUGAAGGCGACUUGUCGUCAAGCCUGAGAUCCAAGCAGAUUGUCCGCUUCAUCUCGCUCGUCUCCGCCACAAUUGCGGCCCUUUGCGCGGGCUCCAUCGUCGUCUUCUCGCUCUACGCGCCAAAGUUCCUAUCGCGACUGCAUUACACUCAGUUCCAGGUCAAUGGCGUCGCCAUCGGCAGCUCCGUGGCGCUGUACCUGCCCAUAUCGGUGAUGGGAUACGUCUGCGAUCGGAUGGGCGUUGCGCCGCUGGCUCUAUUGUCUGCCUUUUUGUUCGGAGGAGGCUACGGACUCGCAGCGGGCAUCUACAAGAAGCUGGACUACGAAUACAAUACGCUUGGCAAGUCUCAUGGCGCGGAGAACGGGUGGUCGUACCCACUCAUGGUGCUCGCCUUCAUCAUGAUUGGAGCCGGCACGUGCGCCAUGUACAUCAGCUCGGUGUCGACAUGCGCCAAGAAUUUCGGCAAGGGCAAAUAUCGAGGCCUGGCGCUGGCCAUGCCCAUCACCGGCUUUGGUCUCAGCGGCAUGUGGCUGAGCCAGUUCGGCAGCCGUUUCUUGGCCGAGAAGAAUCCCGAUGGGUCCAGGGGCGACGUCGACGUCUUCCGCUUCUUCGUUUUCCUUGCCGUCCUGUUGUUCGUCAUUGGCAUUGUCGGCGUCUUCACCCUCAAGGUUGUCGACGAGCAAGACCUGAUUGAGGAAGCCAUUGAAGAGCUGGAGCAGAGUGGUCUUCUAGAUGGAAGCUCUCUGCUUGCGCGAUCUGAAAGUCGAAGAUCUAAUGCAGGCUACGGCGCAAUCCCCGCCACCGCUCAAGACGAUGUCAAUGCCGAGGACGUCGACGACGACGCUCAAUGGAAGAAGAAUUGGGUUCUCAAUGCCGAGACGCGCCGCUUCUUAUCCGACCACACAAUGUGGCCAUUUGCCCUAGCCUUUCUGCUAAUGAUUGGGCCUGGCGAGGCUUUCAUCAACAACCUAGGCACCGUCAUCGGCACUCUAACGCCUCCCAUUACUGAAGAUGUCAACCACAAGACGUCAGCUGCCACUCACGUAUCAAUCUUUGGCGUUACUAGCACCAUUGCUCGUCUCACGAUUGGCACCUUGACCGACAUCUUGGCUCCAGCACCAGAGACUCAGCACAUCCAAGUCCCUCCUUCACGCCCUUUGUCUCCGAUCAAGCGCUUUGCCAUCUCUCGCGUUGUCUUUAUGCUUUUUUUCGCAGUCUUGCUUGCAGCCGGACUCCUAUUCCUUGCCAGCGGUGCUGCUCAGAAUCAUGCUGACCGGUUCUGGAUUGUCUCUGGUCUUGUUGGAGCGGGCUACGGAGCUGUCUUCUCUCUUACUCCGCUUAUUGUCACAAUUAUCUGGGGCGUGGAAAAUUUUGCUACAAAUUUCGGCAUCAUUGCCAUGCUGCCUGCUUUUGGAUCUACCUUUUGGGGCCUUGUUUAUUCGGCCGUGUACGAGGCUGGGGCGAGAAGCUCUUCUGCUGACCCGUCGCAGCCUGGCGACGACAAGGGUGGAUCUGAUGACUCUGUUUGCUACGGAAAGCAUUGCUAUGUGGCUACUUUUUGGGCAGAAGGUCUUUGUGUCAUUGUUGCGUGCUUCCUAUUACUCUGGGCUUGGAAGGGCCGAGGAGGGUGGAGCCAGCGUGGUAUUGUGAUAUAA